UCCCGUCCCCUUCCCAGCAGCCCCAGCGCCUGCCCCGGCGGUCCUCAAGAUGGCGGCCGACAGUGAGCCCGAGUCCGAGGUAUUUGAGCUCACGGACUUCACCACCGCCUCCGAGUGGGAAAGGUUUAUUUCCAGAGUUGAAGAAAUCUUGAAUGACUGGAAACUGAUUGGAAACUCUCUGGGAAAGCCACUUGAAAAGGGUAUAUUUACUUCUGGCACAUGGGAAGAGAAAUCAGAUGAAAUUUUCUUUGCUGACUUCAAAUUCUCAGUUACUCAUCAUUAUCUUGUACAAGAAUCCAUUGAUAAAGAAGGAAAGGAUGAAGUACUAGAAGAUGUUCUUCCACAGUCUAUGCAAGAUUUGCUGUGUAUGAAUAAUGACUUUCCUCCAAGAGCACAUUGCCUGGUAAGAUGGUAUGGACUGCGAGAGUUCGUGGUGCUCGCCCCUGCAGCAAACAGCGAUGCUGUUCUCAGUGAAUCUAAGUGCAAUCUUCUUCUAAGUUCUGUGUCUAUUGCUUUGGGAAACACUGGCUGCCAAGUGCCACUCUUUGUGCAAAUUCAUCACAAAUGGCGAAGAAUGUAUGUGGGAGAAUGUCAGGGUCCUGGUGUCCGAACUGAUUUUGAAAUGGUUCAUCUUCGAAAAGUGCCAAAUCAGUACACUCACUUAUCGGGUCUGCUGGAUAUCUUCAAAUCAAAGAUUGGAUGUCCUUUAACACCAUUGCCUCCAGUUAGUAUUGCUAUUCGAUUGACCUAUGUACUUCAGGAUUGGCAGCAGUAUUUUUGGCCUCAGCAACCUCCAGAUAUAGAUGCCCUUGUAGGAGGGGAAGUUGGAGGUUUGGAGUUUGGCAAGCUACCAUUUGGUGCCUGUGAAGAUCCUAUAAGUGAACUCCACUUAGCAACUACAUGGCCUCACCUGACUGAAGGUAUCAUUGUGGAUAAUGAUGUUUAUUCUGAUUUGGAUCCUCUUCAGGCUCCCCAUUGGUCUGUUAGAGUUCGAAAAGCUGAUAAUCUUCAGUGUUUGCUAGGUGAUUUUGUCACUGAAUUUUUUAAAGUUUGCCGUCGGAAGGAAUCAACUGAUGAGAUUCUUGGACGAUCCACAUUUGAGGAAGAAGGGAGAGAAAUUGCUGAUAUAACUCACGCCUUGUCAAAGUUGACAGAGCCAGCACCAGUUCCAAUUCAUAAAUUAUCAGUUUCAAAUAUGGUACAUACUGCAAAGAAGAAAAUAAAAAAACACAGAGGUGUAGAAGAGUCACCACUGAAUAAUGAUGUCCUCAACACUAUUCUCUUGUUCUUAUUUCCUGAUGCUGCUUCUGAGAAACCAUUAGAUGGAACUUCUUCAAUGGACAACAAUCCUUCGUCAGAGAGUGAAGAAUAUAAUCUCUACAAUCAGUUCAAAUCUGCACCAUCUGACAGUUUAACAUACAAAUUGGCUUUGUGUCUUUGUAUGAUCAAUUUCUACCACGGAGGAUUGAAAGGAGUGGCACACCUCUGGCAGGAAUUUGUUCUUGAAAUGCGUUUCAGAUGGGAAAACGACUUUUUGAUACCAGGAUUAGCAAGUGGCCCCCCAGAUCUGAGAUGCUGUUUACUACAUCAGAAGCUACAGAUGUUAAAUUGCUGUAUUGAAAGAAAGAAGGCACGUGAUGAGAAGAGGAAGACAAGUAUUUCAGAUAAUGUGACUAAUACAUAUCCAGGGGAUGCUGGAAGACCUGGAGACCAGCUGGGGCCAGAUAAUCUAAAAGAUAUGGACAAGGAAAAGGGAGAGGUGGGAAAAUCGUGGGAUUCUUGGAGUGAUAGCGAAGAAGAAUUUUUUGAAUGCCUAAGUGAUACUGAAGAAUUUAAGGGAAAUGGACAAGAGAGUGGCAAAAAAGGAGGACUUAAGGAGAUGGCAAAUUUAAAGCCAGAAGGUCGACUCAACCAGCAUGGGAAACUUACACUGCUGCAUAAUGGAGAGCCUCUCUACAUUCCAGUAACCCAGGAGCCAGCACCUAUGACAGAAGACCUGCUAGAGGAGCAGUCGGAGGUUCUAGCUAAAUUGGGCACCUCCGCGGAAGGGGCUCACCUCCGGGCACGCAUGCAGAGCGCCUGUCUGCUGUCAGAUAUGGAGUCUUUUAAGGCAGCUAAUCCAGGUUGCUGUCUGGAAGACUUUGUGAGGUGGUACUCACCCCGGGAUUACAUUGAAGAGGAAGUGAUUGAUGAAAAGGGAAACACCGUUCUGAAAGGAGAACUGAGUGCCCGAAUGAAGAUUCCAAGCAACAUGUGGGUGGAAGCCUGGGAAACAGCUAAGCCAGUUCCUGCCAGAAGGCAAAGGAGACUCUUUGAUGAUACACGGGAAGCAGAAAAGGUGCUGCACUAUCUGGCAAUGCAGAAACCUGCAGACCUUGCUCGGCACCUGCUGCCUUGUGUGAUUCAUGCAGCCGUACUCAAGGUAAAGGAAGAAGAAAGUCUGGAAAACAUUUCUUCCGUUAAGAAGAUUAUCAAGCAGAUAAUAUCCCAUUCCAGCAAAGUCCUGCACUUUCCCAAUCCAGAAGACAAGAAACUAGAAGAAAUCAUCCAUCAAAUUACUAAUGUGGAAGCCCUAAUUGCUAGAGCCCGCUCACUGAAAGCCAAGUUUGGAACUGAGAAAUGUGAACAAGAGGAGGAAAAGGAAGAUCUAGAAAGGUUUGUGAGCUGCCUUUUAGAGCAGCCCGAAGUGCUGGUGGUGGGCGCGGGAAGAGGACACGCCGGCAGGAUCAUUCACAAGCUGUUUGUGAACGCACAGCGGGCUGCAGCCAUGGCUCCACCGGAGGAGGAACUGAAGAGAAUGGGCUCCGCGGAGGAGAGAAGGCAGAACUCGGUGUCCGACUUCCCACCGCCUGCUGGCCGGGAACUCAUUCUGCGCACCACGGUGCCCCGCCCCGCCCCCUACUCCCGGGCUCUGCCUCAGCGCAUGUACAGUGUUCUCACCAAAGAGGAUUUCCGGCUGGCCGGUGCUUUUUCAUCAGAUACCUCCUUCUUCUAGUUCUUCCUGGUCCACCCCACUGAGGCUUCAGAGCCGUGCUGACCCCUUCUGUGGGAAGGAGGUUGUGCCGGUCGGAACCUGGGAGGCAUGAAGAGGGCCUGUCCAGUUGAAUGAUCGAGCGUCGUACUGGCAUCUGAAAGACUUUGGUGCCAAGCUUGGGCUGGGUAGUAGCUUGUGGGGCCCAAGGUAAUGGGCUUGAACUGUUGAAAGAUUUUUUCCCCAAAGAGAUGGCCCUUGGGGUGGGGUUGGGGACCAAAAAUGCAGGAGCUCUCUGUGCUCACUCUGGCAAGAUUGUGUUCAUUUAUUCUUUCUGUGAAUGUCCCUUAGGCUGUAGCCUUGCAUUUAUAGUCUGUGCAAACUCUUCUUAUUUUUAUUAGUAUCAAGUAUGCAAAGUAGAGGAUCUGUUAACUCAGAUUUCUGGGUGUUUGGGUGGUAGAAUCUAUUCCCAGAAUCUGUGUUUUUAAUAUAUUAAAUGUCAUUCUGUUUAUUCAAUCACCUGGUCACCAUUUUUAUUAUACUAAUUAACUUUUGAUGAGCAUUUUGAAUAUUCUAGGAGAAAUCCUAGAGUUUCACAUAGUUUAUGUGUUUUUCCGUAUAUGACCUAAAUGUAUUCCUUCUGAUAAAACUAUAUUAAAUAUCACUGCAAAUUAGUUUGAUACCUACUAGUAUCUUGUAAGGCUUCUCUUACUUGUUUUGUUUUGGGUGCCAUGUAAAAAGAUAGCCUGCAAAUUAUUGUUCUCUCCUUUCCUUGUUGUUCAGUAUGCAUUCCUUUUGUGUCGUUGCUGGUUGGAUACCAUAUUUAAUGAAGUAUAACAAAAAUAUAGUCUUGGUACAUAGAGAUUAUCAUGCAGUUAGUAUAAUUUGGUAUAUGUGCUAAUGUAAUGAAUAGAAGAUUAUUUCAGUGAACUAUUUUACUUUUGUAUUUUAGUUAAAAUGAAAAUAAUUGGUGGGGAUAUGGAGUAGGACUAGCAUAAGGAUGACCACAGAAUACUUCUAGUUGUCUGAUGAUCAAGAUCUAUUAUGUCUGUGUUGCUAUAUGGCCUUUGUUCAAUAAUCUUAAAUCUAUUUUUAGGCCUAAAGUUCCCACUUUAAUCCAAAGUAAAAAAUGCUUAUAAUGAAGCAUAGGCCUUGCUGUGAAACUUUAAAUAAUUAA